AUGGCAACAGACAGCACGUCUUCUCCUCAUGGCCUCGGUGCCUUGACCACAAAGCGCAACGAUGCCAACCUCAGUCGACGAGAACGAAAGAGAGCGAGCGAUCGUAUGUCCCAGCAGGCAUCCCGUGCAAAGACCAAAGCAUACAUCGCCCAUCUCGAGAGGAGCGUCGCAAGGCUCACAGAAGCCCAGAGUAACUCGGGAUUGAAUGUUUCUGAACAGUUAAGACAGCAAUUCGACGAGAUCGCCAGCCUGAAACAAGCUUUGGCUCAGAUCUCUAAGCUCGCAACCAAUACAAUCUCAAAGCACACAGCUGAUGACGACUUGAAUCAAAGCAUUUGUUCCACGCCACGUCCUCCCGCCGCGAGUAGCGAGAAGAGCUCCAGACAGGUUCGCGAUGCAUACAAUCCAGCAUGCAAUCCCCAUCAAGAGUCGCUUGAGCAUUUGUAUCCAGCUCUUGAUCUCAGCUGCGGCGACAAACAGCGAGAUUACUUUCAAGCGUUCAGCCAAGCGCUCGAUACCAUCGAGAGCGACGCGGGAGGACACGCCUUCUCGGGCCCCGAGAUCGACGACGACAUCAACAUCCAGGCGGUUCUUGAUGGUUGGGAUGUUGCGAGAGCUAAGAACCCAUUCGACAUCGGGUGGCUGAUGUUGCGGGCUGUCGAUGAGGGCUUUCUCUGGCGUGGCGGGGCAGUAGAAAGGAUGGCGAUUCUCCGGGUGAUACGAUCAAUGCUCAUGGUCAAACUCAACCCACAACUUCCAUCAAGCAGGAGACCCCCUGCUUAUAUGAAUCCAAGUCCAUUGCAAUCCCAGACGGACCACUCAAGGCUGGUCGAUUACUUUGUAUGGCCCGAAGUGCGCGAUUACCUGAUUCUUUUCGGCAUUAACUACGCGCCCGAGAGUCUGGCUGCUCAAUUCGCUAGCGAUAUCGGAUUCAGAUGGUCAUACGACCUUAGAGAUACCUGCAGGUAUCAGCCCGCCAAAGGGGUAUAUAGUUUCUCAGAGGACUUCAAUCUAGCAUACAGGAACCUGGACUCGUGGUAUAUGAAGUCUGCCGUCGUCACGAGCUACAUACCGCCCUUACCUUCCAAUUUGUUGUGUGCUGGGUCAGAUGAUGAUGACUGGCUGAAGCAAAUAAUGGGCGAGUCUCAGGUAUCUCCUGACUCCUCUCGUCAUAUUGAGGAAGAAGGAGAACAAGACUGGUUACUUUUGACAGCAAUGCUUGACGAAAUUCCUAAAUAG